GCAAUAUGUUUAUCCGUGACUAUUGCGAAGCUGACUUCAAUUCUUGGCCCUAUUCAAGAGUUACUCACCCGGUUGACAAAUACCAAAGUACUCGGGAAAAUACAUUGCUUAGACUACCUUUUUGGCUCAGAAAUAGACUUAUUAUCUCAUUCCAUGGGCGUGAGAAAGCUACAUUCUGGUGAAAUGUUGUAUCGAGCUGGAGACCCCGGUGAUCGUUUAUACAUCGUGAGCAAGGGAACAGUGAUCGAAACAGUACAUACUCCCACACCCGAUGGGAGCAAACAGAAGGGGGACCAGAUUCUUCUAUCUAAGGGAUCAUAUUUUGGAGAGAAUGCUCUUUUGGAUGACGAGCCAAGGCCUUCCACCAUGGUUGCGGGAACAAUGGAUGCCAACAGACCAGGAGGAGCAGAGCUUUUCUACCUGGACAAGGGAGUGCUGGAGGCAAACUUUGGACCGCUCCGGGAGCUCAUUGAAAAUCGUAAAAAGGAAAAUGAAUUAAAGGGGAUUGUUAAAACAAUUGGAUAUGAGGAUUUGGAAGAACUUGGAAUUAUCGGAACAGGGCUCUUCGGCAAAGUGAAGCUGGUGUUUUGCCGACGGACACGCGAGUAUUAUGCUUUGAAGUGUGUCAGCAAGGCAAAGGUUCUAAUACGUCAAUAUCUGAGCCCUUUUACGUGCUGUUAGCCAGUUCGAUAUUUUAUCAUUCAAGCAUGUUUGGAUCCAGGUCAUAAGACUCCAGGAGGAAGAACAUCUCAGAAAUGAGAAACUAUUUAUGACUGAAAUGGACCAUCCGUUUAUCACCAAGCUUAUUCGAACCUACAAGGAUGACAAGAAUAUUUACUUGCUUCAAGAGCUGACCACGGGAGGCGAGUUAUUCUUUCAUAUGGAGAAAGUUGGGCCUUUGAGGGAGGCUGAGGCAUCAUUUUAUGCCGGUGCUGUUCUUUUGGCGCUGGAAUACAUGCACGGAAAAGGAAUUGUUUACCGUGAUUUGAAGCCCGAAAACACUCUGAUAGGAGACAACGGCUAUCCAAAGCUUAUUGACAUGGGUUUUGCCAAGCGUAUCUACAAUCGACGAACCUACUCCAUGUGUGGGACUCCAGAUUAUAUGGCACCGGAGAUAAUUCGAAGACAGGGACAUGGAAAGGCUGUCGAUUAUUGGGCUCUAGGCUGCCUCAUCUUUGAGUUGAUAACGAAUACAAGCGCUUUUAAUCGCGGGGAAGAUCCUCCGCAGUUAGUGUUUCAAAGGAUCAUAGACGGACGUGUCAAGUUUCCACCCUAUGUUAGCUCAGAUGCUGCUGAUAUUGUACGGAAACUGCUGGACCCGAAUCCUGAGACGCGGCUCGGCUGUCGAAAGCGAGGAGCUGCCGACAUCAAGGAGCACCCCUUCUUCGCCAAGUCAGUUAAUUUUCAGCUGCUGCUCCGGCAAAAAGAAGAGCCUCCUAUGAUUCCAGCAAAACUAGAUAAUUACACCAGCCUGUGCAUACCCGACGAACCAAGCGAUCCCAUGGACGACUUGCCGGUGGACCCUUCGAACACAAAGUGGGACGACAUUUUCUGAGCCUCUGGUACAUUUUUUUCUCUG